AGCAGUUGGUGCUGUUGGAAUUACCUCCUAAUUGCUACUAGCUCGAACUACCUAUUCACACAAGUGACAACUAUUUCUGAGCAAUUAAUUGAUUAUAUCGCACACAUUCAAAUAUAUAAACAUGUCUUUUUCCAACCUGGUCUCUGAUUUGGCUUUUAAGGAUGUCCGGGAUGAUCAGAGCUCCCGGGUUUCCCACGUACAAUCGCUAGCCACUGCUCGGUCGCAUACAAGUACAGCUGCAACCAGUGUUAGUAUAUCCGGUGACAUCUCGAGUCAACUUCAUGCUGGAUAUAGUCAUCCACUGAGCAGGUCAUGGCAAGCGGAGCGGCAACUGACAAAGGAAAUGCUUAUCUAUCCUCUAUUUAUCACUGAUAAUCCCGAAGAAGAGACACCGAUACCUUCUCUCCCAAAUCAAUACCGCCGGGGUGUAAACCGCAUAGUACCCUUUCUGAAGCCUCUUAUCCACAAGGGGUUGCGGUCCGUGAUCCUCUUUGGAGUACCCCUCGAUCCUUCGGCGAAAGAUGCGCUGGGGACUGCUGCGGAUGAUCCAUCCGGACCAGUCAUACAGACGAUUCGGCUCCUUAGGUCGCGGUUCCCUCAGCUUUAUAUUGUCACCGACGUUUGUCUCUGCGAGUACACGUCACACGGUCAUUGUGGAAUCUUGAGGGACGACGGGACACUUGACAAUGCCCAAUCUGUUGACCGGAUCUCCGACGUGUCACUGGCUUAUGCUGCUGCUGGGGCGCAUUGUGUUGCUCCCUCUGACAUGAAUGAUGGCAGAGUCCGCGCCAUAAAACUGAAGCUGAUCGAGGCUGGAAUGGCACACCGGGUCCUUCUGAUGUCCUACAGCGCUAAAUUUAGUGGCUGUUUGUACGGGCCUUUCCGUGAUGCCGCCGGUUCGUGUCCCUCGUUCGGAGAUCGCAGAUGCUAUCAGCUACCCCCCGGGGGCCGAGGACUGGCUAGACGCGCGAUACAGCGAGAUAUCGCCGAGGGUGCUGAUAUAAUCAUGGUGAAACCUGCGAGCAGUUACUUGGAUAUCAUCAGAGACGCAAAAGAUCUCGCCACAGAUCUUCCAGUCGCAGCCUACCAAGUCAGCGGGGAAUACGCAAUGAUACACGCUGCUGCGAAAGCUGGCGUCUUUGAUCUCAAAACAAUGGCCUUUGAGAGCACAGAAGGGAUUCUAAGAGCUGGUGCCGGGAUUGUGGUGACCUAUUUUGUGCCGGAGUUUCUUGACUGGCUCUCAUAGUCAUCUGUCUACAUCGCGAUAGCUUCCACACAACAAGCGGAUUUUGUGCCAACUCAUCCCACGUAAGGUAUCGUUAGAAUGUACCUUUGCAUUUGUUGCCCCUUAUCACUUUGUAGCCCGAGCAAUUAUGAUUUGGAGCUGCCGUUUGGCAUGUUAUCACGGUUUCCAAACCAUCCAACCUUGUCCCGCACCCUUUGGAAGCUCCAUUCCGUGAUAAGAGACUCGAAAAUCUAUCUAGACAUUUUUUGUAUUUGACGUUUUCGACACCCUUAAUGUCUAUUCUGGUCUUGAUGUGGGAGACAGGAUGAGGUGUAGAAUUG